AUGCACAGCCCAAAGAAGUGCAGAAGCAUACCAUUCACCGCCCCAUUGCUAUGCACGGACGGACAAAUCUAUUAUCGGGUGGGAUCAAAACCCUGCAGUGUGCUCAAAUCUGGGCCGACGACCAAGCACAUUUUGGCUGAGGACAACUGUGUCAUAGACAAAGCGCUGGGCAAAACGAGCGCCACCAAUGCUCAAGACUUCAGCCAUUCUACCAAGGGAGUCAUCAAGUUCUGGGAGGCAUUCGGUAACCAGGCCUGGAACUGGAACACCCUCAAGACGUAUUUGUCCAAGCCUCUCGGUAUUCAAAGGUGGUUCUGUGCGAGGGCUACUAAUGGCAUCCAGGACACGCACGAGGGUGAGCCCAGGCCCGUCAAAGCCACCAAGGAGGCCAUCCUGUCUGGAGACGUCUUCCAGUCCCCCAAAGUCCUCGAAUUAUCUGGCAUCGGUAAUGCAGACUUGCUCAAGAAGCACAGCAUUGCCAGUGUUGAGGAUCUGCAUGGAGUAGGAAAGAACUUGCAGGAUCAUUUGGUCUGUUAUAUCAGUUUCGAAGCCGAGGGCGAUGUUGCGUCUGUCGAUGCCCUGGUUAGUGGGACUAAGAAUCUGCGAAUGAGGGACGCAAGUGUGAUUCCCACUGAUGCCCGCAGCGAUGUGCAGGCUACCGGGUACGCUAUUGCGGAAAAGGCGGCCGAGUUGAGCAAAGGUGCCUCCGGGGCAGCGACCGAGACAAUUAGGACAAGUGACUACUCUUUCCUUGUCAAGUUGCUCGAGGCUCGACCAUCCACAUGA